CGGCCAGCCUCCUGCUCUCCAAGAAGCGCGCUUUGCGCAGGGAGCCGUUUCGCCUCCGCCCGGGCGCGCCUCUUUCCCUCUCGGCCGAGCAGGGCAGGCCCUGGCCGGCGUCGCUUGUCUGCGAGGCUCCGCCGGGAGAGGCUUCCGCCGCAGGGGUCCCUCCGGCCGCGGAAUGGACCCGGGAGACGAGAAGGCGCAAAGGCGUCUUCCUCCGCGGCUGAUUGAACCUGGCCCGGGCGCAGCGCGGCUCGCUCUUCCGACCCUCUGACAAGGGGGAGAUCGUCCGGGGGAGAUUCCUCGGCGAGGAGACGGCGGGAGCCGAGAGGAAAAGGACCUGGUAGCCCCUCUGAUUAGGACAGAAAUUGGCAGAAGACAAAGUUCCUUCAACCGUGUUGGAGGCUUUUGUAAGAUGGAUGGGGACGUCUCAUCUGGCCCUGAAGUAGGAAGAGGCCCUGAUGUCAUCGAGACUGGGAGCAGUGGGGGAUUCUGGGAAAGAACCAUGCAGAAGGCCCUGGGUGAGGAGGACACCCUCAGCUUAGAUGAGCAGCGCCAGCAGUUCAGACAUUUCUGCUACCAGGAGGUUGAGGCCCCCCGAGUGGUUUGCAACAAACUCUACCAUCUCUGCCAUCAGUGGCUGAAGCCAGAGCGACACACAAAGGCUGAGAUGCUGGACCUGGUGAUCCUGGAGCAGUUCCUGGCUGGCCUUCCACCAGAGAUGGAGAGCUGGGUGAGGGAAUGUGGAGUGGAGACCACUUCCCAGGCAGUGGCCCUGGCUGAAGGUUUCCUCCUGAGUCAGGCAAAGAAGCAGGAAGAGCAGCAGGGAGAGGACCUCUUUGCAGAAACCAGCUCCAAUAUCCUUCAAGCCAAGAACACUCCAUUGGACACCAGACGGAGGCCGCUGGGUGAUGGAAGGACGCCGGCGAGAUCUCCUCUGCUGUCUCUUCUUUCUGGCAGAGAGGAGGGAGCUGCCGAGAAAGCGGCUCAGUGCAAGUUAAUGAGAUUUCUGGAAAUUUGUAAUACCCAGGUUUGGAUCCGGAUCGGGUCAGAACAGGGUCCAGUGUCCUUUGAGGAUGUGGCUGUGCAUUUCACGGAGGAAGAGUGGGCCUUGCUGGAUCCUGACCAGAGAGCUCUGCAUAAGGAAGUCAUGGAGGAGAAUUGUGGGGUUGUGGCCUCUCUAGAAAUUGAUGAAUUGGAAAAUGACAAAAUCCACAGAGUGGAGAAGCCAUAUCAAUAUCUAGCUUGUGGAGAGAGCUUCACCCAGAGAUUCCAUCAAAGAAUUCAGAGUGGAGAGAAACCAUAUCAAUGCAUAGAAUGUGGAAAAAGUUUCCACUGGAAGAAAAAUCUCACUUUCCAUCAAAGAAGUCAUACAGGGGAGAAACCAUAUCAGUGCUUAGAAUGUGGAAAGAGCUUUAGUCAGAGCAUCCAUCUCACUGCCCAUCAAAGAAUUCAUACAGGGGAGAAACCAUAUCAAUGCUUGGAAUGUGGAAAGAGCUUUAGUCAGAGCAUUCAUCUCACUUCCCAUCAAAAAAUUCAUACAGGGGAGAAACCAUAUCGGUGCUUAGAAUGUGGAAAGAGCUUCAGCUGGAAGGAAACACUCAUUUCUCAUCAAAGAAUUCAUACAGGAGAGAAACCAUAUCAAUGCUUGGAAUGUGGCAAGAACUUGAGCUGCAAGAGAUACCUCACUUCCCAUCAAAGAAUUCAUACAGGGGAGAAACCAUAUCAGUGCUUAGAGUGUGGCAAGACCUUCAGGUGCAAGAGAUACCUCACUUCCCAUCAAAGAAUUCAUACAAGGGAGAAACCGUAUCAAUGCUUGGAAUGCGGAAAGAACUUCAGCUGUGAGAUAAACCUCACUUCCCAUCAAAGAAUUCAUACAAGCGAGAAACCUUAUCCAUGCUUGGAAUGCGGAAAAAGUUUCAGUUGCAAGAGAUAUCUCACUUCUCAUCAAAGAACUCAUACAGGGGAGAAACCGUAUCAGUGCUUGGAAUGUGGCAAGAGCUUCAGCUGCAAGAGAAAUCUCACUUCCCAUCAAAGAACUCAUACAGGGGAGAAACCAUACCAGUGCUUGGAAUGUGGCAAGAGCUUCAGCUGGAAGGAAAAUCUCACUUCCCAUCAAAGAAUUCAUACAGGGGAGAAACCAUAUCAAUGCUUGGAAUGUGGAAAGAACUUCAGCAGGAAGGAACGUCUCACUUACCAUCAAAGAAUUCAUACAGGGCAGAAACAAUAUCAGUGCUUGGAAGUUGAAAGACCUUUAGUUGGGGCAGCUAUAUGAAGACAGUCUCUUUCCUGUGUAUGCAGAGGAUUGAGGAUUCUUACGUUCUCCCCUUUGCCUGUUGGCUGUUCAUAGUCCUUAUAUGUCAGAUGUGUUCACCUGAGCUUACACUGUCUCCAACAGCAGUCAUCUGAACAGGCAGUCUAAAGGUUGGAGUUCCCACGCAAGACUUCUUGGGGCUUGGGAGAUUUCAUGAAAAUAACAUGACAGCAGAUUGUCGUUAUAAUAUUUAUUUCUAAAAUGUUUUAACACUUCUUAAAAUUUUUACAUGAAUGCAUAUAGUUGGCUUUUGCCAAUAAGUCAAAAUCAAACAAGUUACAUUGCAAUAUAUCUUAUCCAGAAAAUAAAUGAACAUCUGUCACCCUCAGCAUGUUGGCAGACGUCAGCCAUAGUAGUUCUCUUCGACAAACUCCAAAGAUCUGGUUUAUCGGCAGCAGCAAGCAUAGCAGUAUGUUGGACCAGUCUGACAGUGAGCUUAAUGCUCCUGAUCUCUUCCUGAGCUCCUCCUUUUAUAGGAGUGCCCAAGGCUAUACCCUGUGUCACAAGUCAGCUGUUAUCUGACAUGUGGCUGCAUUAGGUCACAAGUCAGGGUGAAGUGUGUCAGUUUAGUGACCAUGCAGGUGUUUCAGAGGACAGUCUAUUCCCAUAUCAGUGCUGGUUUUCCUUAUCUGGGCUCCUUCUGGGAUGAAGGGCAGGAUAUAAAUUUAAUAAAUAAAUAAGAUCAGUUGUUUACUUCCAGCUUGGCAGAUUACCUGAAACAUUGGCUGCUGCUACUUAACAUUUCCUGUGCCACCAUAUAAGCUCCUCCCAGACAAUUCUUCUCAGGCAGUGUUUUAACACAAUUCUUAAGGACUAUUCUUUAGGAUUAUACACAAUAGCAUUUAGACAUGAAAAAUGAAAACGGACUGCCUUCAAGAAAAUAAGAAUACAAAAUCAGCAGGAAAGAGGUUGCUGUAUACACUCACUUAACAUCAAAGUAUCUACUCGGUCCUUAUAUGUUAGAUGUUAGCUCACCUAAAUUCGCAGGUUUCCAAAAGCAGUCGUCUGAGUAGGCGGAAGUAAUGGCUGGAGACCCCACCCAAGGAUUCUUGGUCUUGGAAGAUACCAGAAAAAUUAAAUGGGAAGUUCAGAGAGCAAAAUAUUCUUAUGGUAUUUAUCCAUGUCUUGCACGUUAUAGCUAUUAAAUGCACUCUUAUGUGGUUUUUAUCAUAACGGGAAGAGAAAAUAAGAAUACAAAACCAGCAUGAAAGAAGUUUCUCCGCAUCCUCUGUUGCAAAGUUACAGUGGACACUUAAGCAAUGCAGUGGUGCAAAUACUCGGCAUCUAACAAACAUGAAAAGUGUUUUUCUUGGGUUCAGAAGGGCUCCCUGCUGUCACUGCAGGGUAGGUUGUAAAUGUCAAUGUACUGCCUUCAAGUCGAUUCUGACUUAUGGCAACCCUGUGAAUAGGGUUUUCAUGAGGCUGAGAGGCAGUGAGUGGCCCAAGGUCACCCAGUGAUCUUCAUGGCUAUGUGGGGAUUCGAACCCUGGUCUCCCAGGCCAUAGUCCAGCACCUUAACCACUACACCACAGUGGCUCUCAGGAUAGGUAAUAAAUUCUAACAAUAAUAAUAUAAGUAAUACACACUGGUAAAGGCACCUCAAGAGAUUUAGAGUUGGUAGAUAAGCUUUGUUCAUUUUUGGAAUAGCAGACACAGGAAUCACAGGCUUGAAAUGUUUUUGUUCUAAUAUUGGUUUAUGUUCAUUGUUAAUAUUGUUAUCUUUGGUAUUACAGAGCUUUAUUGUCCUUUUUGGUUAAUUCUUAAUUAUGAUUAGGACUUUUCUCUCCUUUUUCUCUGCUGAUAUUUUCGUGUGUAAUAAAAUUUAAUAAAUAUUUUUUGAAAAGAAUGGAAAAACCUUCAGCUGGGGGAAAAAUACUUCCCAUCAAAAAAAAGUAAUAUGGAGAGAAACUGGAUCAAUGCUUGGAAUGUGGAAAGAGCUCCAGUUACGGCUCCAGU